UAAUUGGUAACUGCGAGCACUGCAGGAACCUAACAGCGUCAAACUCAAGUGGAAGGUUGCCUCAGAUUUGAAGCAAGAAGAUGAACAACAACCUGAGCAAAAAAAAACAAAAAAAAUUGAAGCAAAGUUUGAGCAAUUAAGCAUCCCCAAAUGGCUGGCUUAGAGGAAUUAAGAAAAAAGCUCACGCCUUUGUUCGAUGCCGAAAAGGGCUUCUCCACGGGCUCAACCUUGGACUUGGACCCUUGCGAUUCUUACACACUAUCGGACAGUGGAACGGUCAACUUGCUGAGCAGAUCGUACGGUGUGUACAACAUCAAUGAGCUCGGAUUGCAGAAAUGCACGACGUUGGCGGUGGACGACAGCAGCGAAAAGACGUACCGGUGUGGUUCGCAUGAGAUGAGGGUAUUUGGGGCAAUUGGCAGUGGUGCCAGCAGCGUUGUACAGAGAGCUAUUCACAUUCCCACUCAUCGGAUUUUAGCGCUCAAGAAGAUCAAUAUUUUCGAAAAGGAGAAAAGGCAACAGCUGCUUACUGAGAUACGGACGCUAUGUGAAGCACCUUGCUACCAAGGUCUUGUAGAAUUUCAUGGUGCAUUUUAUACGCCGGAUUCUGGUCAAAUAAGCAUUGCUCUGGAGUAUAUGGAUGGAGGAUCAUUGGCGGAUAUCUUAAGAUUGCGGAAAAGAAUACCUGAACCUCUACUUUCUUCUAUGUUUCAAAAGCUUCUGCAUGGACUGAGCUACUUGCAUGGAGUUAGGCAUCUAGUCCACCGAGACAUAAAGCCUGCCAAUUUGCUUGUAAAUCUCAAGGGUGAGCCAAAAAUAACAGAUUUUGGUAUAAGUGCUGGCUUAGAGAAUUCAAUGGCAAUGUGUGCGACAUUCGUUGGGACGGUUACAUACAUGUCGCCUGAGAGAAUUCGAAAUGAGAAUUAUUCUUAUCCAGCUGAUAUUUGGAGCCUUGGUCUUGCUCUCUUUGAGUGUGGUACCGGAGAAUUCCCAUAUACAUCUAAUGAAGGACCUGUCAAUCUUAUGUUGCAGAUAUUGGAUGAUCCAUCACCUACGCCUUCAAAACACAAUUUUUCACCCGAGUUUUGCUCGUUUAUUGAAGCCUGUUUGCAAAAGGAUGCGGAUGCUAGGCCAACAGCAGAGCAGCUACUUUCACACCCCUUCAUUACAAAGUAUGAGGAUUCCCAAGUGGACUUAGCAGUGUUUGUCCGAAGCGUAUUUGAUCCAACACAAAGGAUGAAGGACUUGGCAGAUAUGCUUACAAUACAUUUUUACCUACUUUUUGAUGGACCUGAUGAGCUCUGGCAACAUACAAGGACCUUAUACAGUGAAGAUUCAGUUUUCAGUUUCUCAGGAAAGCAACUAGUCGGCCCAAAUGAUAUCUUUGCAAGACUGUCAAGUAUACGAAGUACAUUAGCUGGUGACUGGCCUCCUGAAAGACUUGUGCAUGUUGUGGAAAAGCUUCAGUGCCGUGCUCAUGGUCAGGAUGGUGUAGCAAUUAGGGUAUCCGGAUCAUUCAUUGUCGGGAAUCAGUUCCUUAUAUGUGGAGACGGUGUACAGGUAGAGGGCUUGCCAAGCAUUAAAGAUCUUUCCAUUGAUAUUUCGAGUAAGCGAAUGGGUACGUUCCGGGAGCAGUUCAUUAUGGAGCCAAGCAAUAUAAUAGGGCGCUACUCCAUAUCUAAACAAGAACUUUACAUUAUGCAGUAAAAAGUGGAGAAUCCUACUUUACUGCCGGAAGAAGUAUUAGUAUGUGAUGUCAAACAUAAAACAAAUGUACAGCCAAAAGUUUUCAUGGGCAAAUUUGCGAUGCAUCAUUAACAUCUUUGUAAUCAAAUGUCCAGAAAAUUCAUAGUUAUUUUAGUUCAAA